AUUUUUAUUUCCGCGUUGCUCUCGCGGAAAUAAAAAAAGGUUUGUCACUAAUAUUCUCUCGUAAGUUCGGCGUUCACACUACUUGAAAUGUAAGUAUACUUUUAUGCCUUUUUAUAAAGGUUGUGUAACUUUCUACUAAAAUCACCUAUACAUCGAUGUGAACGUAUCGUAAGACGUAAUAUAUGAAGCUAGAAACAAUAGCAACACACUCUUAUUUGCGCAAGUGUUCAAGCGUAACCGAAGUACCCUAAUAAUUAGUCAUUUUGCUUACGAUCGUGUACACAGUCAUGUUUCUCUACGUUCUUAUUACUUAUCAAGUUUUACUUGCUUCUGGAAAGAUAUUGAAUUUUCCAAGUAAAGGAAAUAUCGAUUUGGAUAAUGGUAUAUCAAUAUCGGAUAAACCUACAACAACUUUAACGCAUUUCGAAGAGUGGGAUGAUACACUAUGGGUUUUGAAGUUAAACGAUGGAUUGAAUUUGACGAAUUUAAGAUCGGCAACUGAAAGCGAAGAGGAAUAUUUCGACGACGAAAUUGGACCAAUGAUACACAGACAUCCUCUAGCAUACUUGAGUUACAAAAGACGACAAAACACAAGAAGAGUAAAAAAAGACGACCCAAAGAAAUCAUAUCCAAUUGAUCAUAUCUUCAAAGAUGUACAUCUAACGAAUGAAAAAAAUGAAGAAUUUAAUAACGAAGUUAAAAACGCAGUUAUGCAGAUGAUCAACAAGUUUGUAUUAUCGUUUCAAAAACAACCUGAUUCUAAUUUACCUGAAACUAUGGACGCAUACGAAACUCCAACGUUAACCCUGUAUUUUAAAGGACCUUUUACAGCGUUAAUAGUGAAUUACCAGCGCUUGGUAUGGCAGUUUUUUCUCAAACCUCCGUCACCACUUCCCGAAUGGUUCUACAACGAGCAUUCCAAUAUAACCCUUGGUAAAAAUGGAAUGUAUGUAGCAAUCCCAGGCGUUAUUAAGGAAGAAUUUUACGAGAAACUCCUUCAUUUGUUAGAAAAAUUAUUCAGCUUUCCAAUUUAAUUAUAUAACAUUUCGAUAAUUACUUGUUUAUAAAAUCUAUUUUCUCA